AACUCCCCCCAGACGAUGACAGCUCAUUUGCCCACCAUUAGCCAAAUGCACUCCACACAGAUCUCACACCUGCCGCUCCAGUUGCUCGUGCUCCUCCUGCUGCUCCUGCUGCUCCUCCUUUGCACCGACGAAUCUCGUGGGGAUGCCACAAGUCGACUGCUGGAUCAGAUCAACCAGGUGGGAUUCGUAAACGUCCUAGAUCAGGCAGCGCGACCCAAUGUACCCAAGGAUCUCUCGAACUAUGACUUUAUUGUGGUUGGAGCUGGAGCAGCUGGUAGCUCAUUGGCCGCCCGUCUAUCGGAGAACCCGCAGUGGAGUGUGGCCCUCAUCGAGGCCGGGGGUGUGGAGAAUAUAGCCCAUAAUACACCAGUUCUGGCGGGUUAUCUGCAGCAGACAGCCUCGAAUUGGGGCUAUAGAUCGGUGCCCCAGAAGCUCUCUUGUUACGGAAUGAACAAUCACGAGUGUUCUUUGCCCAGGGGAAAAGUUCUGGGCGGUACCAGCUCCAUCAACUACAUGAUCUACAAUCGGGGCAAUCGAAGGGACUUUGAUGGCUGGGCGGCAGCCGGAAAUCCCGGCUGGAGUUACGAGGAAGUAUUGCCCUAUUUCCUGAGGACUGAGAAUGCCCAACUGCAGGGCUUGGAGUACUCGCCCUACCACAAUCACAGUGGUCCCCUGAGUGUGGAAUAUGUGCGCUAUCGAUCGCAAAUGGCGGACGCUUUCGUGAAGGCCUCCGUGGAAUCGGGACUGCCGCGGACGGACUACAAUGGAGAGUCCCAGUUUGGGGUGUCCUAUGUCCAGGCCACCACCCGGAAUGGCAGGAGGCACUCUGCCUAUGCGGCCUACUUGAAACCAGUGAGGGAUCUGCGGCCCAACCUGCAAAUUUUCACCUUUGCCCGAGUUACCCGUAUACUGAUCGAUGAGGCUACGAAAUCCGCUUACGGCGUGGAGUUUAAUCACAAAAACAAACCGUACACAUUCAAGGCUCGCAAGGAAGUAAUACUGUCGGCGGGAACCUUCAACUCUCCCCAAUUACUGAUGCUCUCGGGAAUCGGGCCAGAAGAUAACCUGAAGGCCAUUGGAGUUCCUCUUGUACAACCUUUGCCAGUCGGUAAGAGGAUGUACGAUCAUAUGUGCCACUUUGGACCCACUUUUGUGACCAAUACAACGGGUCAAACGACCUUCACAUCGACAAUUACUAUCGCUGAGAUAGUAUCGCACUUCCUGGCCGGGAAUCCAGCCACCAGAUUGAGUUCGAUUGGUGGCGUGGAGGCCUUGGCUUUCCUCAAAACCCAGCGAUCACAGUUGCCCAAGGAUUGGCCAGACAUCGAGUUGAUCAUGGUCACUGGCAGUUUGGCUAGUGACGAGGGCACAGGCCUCAAGUUGGGCGCCAAUUUCAAGCAAGAAAUAUAUGACAAGAUGUUCAGGGAUCUGGCGCUGGCUCAACAGGAUCACUUUACCCUGUUGGUCAUGCAAUUCCAUCCCCAGUCAGUGGGUCGUCUCUGGCUGAGGGAUCGCAAUCCACUGAGCUGGCCCAUGAUCGAUCCCAAGUACUUUGUGGCCGAAGAGGAUGUGGAGUAUCUUCUGGAUGGCAUCAAAGCCAGUCUGAGGAUCACACAGAUGCCGGCUUUGCAGAAGAUUGGGGCGCGAUUGCUAAACAGACCGGUGCCGGGAUGUGAGCACCUCCAGUUCGCCUCGGAUGACUACUGGAGAUGUUCGAUCAGGACACUAUCCUAUACGCUGCACCACCAGGUGGCCACCUGUCGCAUGGGUCCCGAAAGCGAUCCCACAACCGUGGUCAAUCACCAGCUGAAGGUGCACGGAAUGCGGAGGCUGCGGGUGGUGGACACCAGUGUCAUCCCGGUGCCACCCACCGCCCACACCAAUGCGGCGGCAUUUAUGAUCGGGGAAAAGGCGGCGGACAUGAUACGAUCCGAAUGGAGUUGAUAACAACGAAUUUAAAGAACAGGAAUUAGUAAAACAGAAUAGAAUUUUAUUGCAAAAACGCCCAAUAAUUAAAGCUUUGGUUUUUUUUUUGUAUAUGUAUGUGUUAAGUACUACGGAUAAUUCUAGACCUAAAAACAUAUAAGUUUAAAGACUUGAACAAAACGAAACUAUAUGUAUUUAUUUAUUUAUAAAUACCAAAUGUAAAAUACAACAGUUUAAUACAAGUAUUUUGGCAAUGCUUUAUCUAAGCUAAGAGCAAUUAUCAAACUUAUAUAUAUUUAUUAAAAAAAACAAUUUAGUCCGGGUGCUCAAACCCGUUGAAUUCAAUAUGCGUGUUCAAAGCCAUUAUGUUUCCCUUAUGCGUUACAAUAAUCAAACAAAUUCUCAUUAAAGGAUUAUCGAUACCCGCGUAAA